CACAAUUCUGAUCCUCCAAUUAUACACGCGUCCACGAAUCCCUGGGCACAAUGUCCAAAGAAUUCCCAGAGCUGCGACGAGGAGAGUCGGAGCAGCUGAUCGACCAGGCCAUCGCAGAUGUACUUCCUUCAGAGGAUCCGUUCGAGAGCCCCAACUUUGACGUCAUCGCCAUGCUCAACAAGCACUUUCCCAACGAGCUAUCGCUGACUUCCAUUGAAACGACCUGCGAUCGACUUGCCGUUAAGAUGAACGAGCUUGACAUCUCCAUCCUCCAUGCGGUGGAGCUGCAGAGCAGUGAGGGCGAGGCGGCCAAGCAGGACCUGGAGCGAGCGAACCGAUCAGUCUCAGAGCUGAUGGCGAACCUCAAGAGUAUCAAGGAGAGGGGGGAGGCGACCAAGAGCAUGGUCCACGAGAUCUGCCGAGACAUCCAGACGUUGGACUUUGCCAAGCAGAACCUGACGACGACCAUCAUCGCGCUGCGGAGGCUGAACAUGCUGGAGAACGCGAUCGAGCAGCUGUCGGAAAUGACGGCAGCUCGAGCUUACAAGGAGGCAGCGAACCUCCUGGAGGCCAUGACGCAGCUGGCCGCCAACUUCGACGCAUUCAAGAACGUCCCCAAGGUUUGCGAGCUCCUCGCCUCCGUACGAGCCCUGCGGUCGCAGCUGCAAGCUCAAGUGCUCGAGGAGUUCAAGCUGCACAUCAACGUCACGAUGCCGGAGGACGUGUCGUGCAUGCUCAAGGACGCGGCCCAGGUGGUGUGCGUACUGGGGCAGGGGCUGAUCCUCAAGCUCGUCAAGUGGUUCUCCGAUAAGGAGCUCGGGGAGUACGAGAAUCUGUUCGACCCCUCCAAACAUCCCGCGGGGCUCGAGAGCGUCGAGAAGAGAUUCGCAUGGCUGCGUCGCUGGCUCCGCUCCUUCUCCUUCUCGUACGGGGAGGUGAUGCCGAGCAGCUGGGAGGUUCCUCGGGUGGUGUCGGAGGAGUUCUGCCAUAGGACGAGGAAUCAUCUGGCGCAGCUGCUGCAGAAGAAGAGCAAGGAGAUGGACGUGCGGCUGCUGAUGCACGUCAUCCAGAAGACGAUCGAGUUCGAGCAGGAGCUCUCGGGGCGGUUCUUCGUUGCUGGAGUCGAGGCGGAGGCGGAGGGGAAGGCAGGGGAGGGCGAGGGGGCGUCGAACGAGGGCCGCAUGAAGUUUGCCGUGAACUGUGGGAGUGAGAACAGGAGGAGUGCGUUCGAUCGAAUCAUCAGCCGAGUGUUCAAGCCCUACAUGUCGCUGUUUCUUAAGCUCGAGCGCGCGCACAUGGCUGACCUUGUCAAGUCGCUCCUGUCCAAGGAGGACUGGGGAGCAGGGCUUGACAACGAGACAGAGGAGGAGGAGGCGCCUGUGCUGUCCAGCACGGGAGAGCUCUUCCUGUACAUCAAGAGAUCCUUGAAUCAAUGCAGCGCUGUAGACACGGGGGAGACUCUGCUGCACCUGUCACGUGCGUUCGAGGAGACGCUGAUCCAGUAUGCGCAAGGGCUUCAUAAGCACAUCGCCGAGAAAGCAAGGUGA